UAUUACGAUAUCAGAUCAUUUCAGAUAAUUGAUAAUUAACUGAUGUCAUAGCGGUGAUAACAAUAGGGUAACGUGAUGAUACCCCUAUAACUAUCUUUACAGCGAAAAUCGAAGCGUUAAUAGAAGCCGUGCGCCAGAUACCUGCCUUGUGGGACAAGAGGGCCACGGCAUACAGCGCACGAAGGGCGGAGAAAGAAGUUCUUUGGCGUCGAGUGGCCACAUCAUGCGGUUCAAUGAUGACAGGGUCAGAGGCUCAGAAGCUGUGGACGCGCACCAAGGCCUACUACCUACAGAGGUUGCGUAUCCACGUCCCCAGCGGCAGUCCGGCUCCCGAGCACAUCAGCAAGCUGGGACCGUAUGGCAACCUGCUGCAAUUUCUGCAGCCGGUGACGAAGCGUGGCAAGAACGUCUCAUCGGCGGGGUUCAGAAACCAGCAAGAAAGCCCAGGUCACGCUGGAAUGCAACAUCAGUCGGCAGCUUCAUCUACAUCAAGCUAUGUAUUUGACAGUGUGGAUGAUUUCUUGGCGCAGCUGCAGUUCUCCGGCUCUGCGCAGAGCGGAAAUACGAAUUCCGAUGCUGACUUAACCUCAUCUCCAGCCCCGGCACAGGCACCAGGUCGAACGCUGACCCAGUCUCCGGCACCGGCACCGGCACCAGUACCACCACCACCAGCACCGACGCCGGCGCCAGCGCCGGGACCAGCACCAGUACCACCAGCACCGACGCCGGCACCAGCGCCGGGACCGGUACCAGCACCGACGCCGGCACCAGCGCCGGGACCGGUACCAGCACCGACACCGCUACAGGCACCGGUCAGAGCACCAGCACCGGCCUCGACCCCGGCACAGGCAGUUCGUCAGCAAGGUUUAGGGCGCAGGAGGCGCCGUGGAGAGGGUGACGAAUCCGUCGAUGGACGGAUUCUAGAGGAACUGGCGCAUGGACGACAGGAGAUAAGAAACAGAAACAGGGCAUUCGGAGCAUAUGUGGGUGCUGAACUAGAGUCGCGUGAUGAGGCCGCAGCCAAACGCCUACGCCGCGCUAUCUUUGAGCUCUUGCAAGAGUAAAAACGAAAAUGUGACAGCUGAUUUUUUUUAAACAAUGGGAGUGGUUGAGUUGCGGUUGAGUUGUGUUUAUUGUUCUGACAUUGCAAUGUCAUGCGUGAGACCUUUAUAUUUCACACAAAAAGUUUCAUUGCUACGCAAGCAAAUAAAUAAGUCGAUGAUGCA